UUUGUUAUAAGAUGAGUGACACUUCUAGCUUUUUUAUAAUCCUAGACCAUCCGUUUGCAUAAUACAAAAAUACAUAAUUAAUUUUACCAUGAAUUGUGGAUACGCAACAUAAUAAAAUUAAAUAUUUUUUUAUAUACUUGCAUCGCAAUCACAAUUUAUGAGAUGGAUGCAGAUAUAUUAAGAGCAAUAUUAAAGAGUUAUGAUGAUGCAGAAAAUGUUGCUGAAUCUGAGAACUGCAAAGAUGUAUCAAGGGAAGCUUUGCUAUGCUCACAGUCUGAUAAAAUGUUGAUCACUUUGUGUGCAGCAUUGAGCAAUCUUUUAUGUUACAAAGUAUCAAAGCAAGCUUAUCAACGUUAUUCAGUUCGAUUGCUGAUAAUUGACAUCCUGCGAAAAUGGUGCAGAACAACAAGCAACUUUGAACAUUUGCCAAUAUUUACAUCCAAAGAAAAUAGCUUGAGAUUUGCAAACGUUUUGUUAGACAAACAUCUCACAGAUGACAUUUUGAAUGAGUGCUGUUCGGAAGAUGCUUUGAUAUCUUUAACCACUGCCGUAAUGCAUCUGUCGUUGGGGAAUCCAUCCUUCAUGCAUCACAUAGAUAGAUUACUUAUAAGACUUUCACAAUUAGAGACAAAUGAUAAAAUUGAAAGAUUAUUACAUAAUUCUCUACAUUCAAAUUUGCACCUUAAACUAUCUACAAAGGAAGAGAUAUAUAGUGUGCAGAAAUUUAAAUUAAUAGAAAAACCAUUGCUUGACAGUUUUAUAUGCAUGCUUCCUGAUCAAAAGAAAGAAAAUUGCAUAGAAAAUCAGAAUAAUGAAGCGGCAUUAAAUAAAUUACUCGAAUUUAGUGUUGAGUCUAUGUGUGUUUUUCAAUUAAUAUUUAAUUUUUUAAAGGAGCUACUUGUUCAGCUGCAUUUUGCUCCUGCAGUUCUACAUUUUAUAGAAGUAAUAUUAAAGCGGAUAUCUAUUUGUUGUGAAAAUCAGGAUAAGGACAUAUUAAAUCUUUAUCCUAGGAGACUGCAUUGUUGUAUAAUCUUAUUAAGGAUAAAGCCUGAGCAUCAUACAGUGCAGACACGAAAAUAUAUAUUGCAAACUAUGAAACAAAUCUACGACGAAAAUAAGGAUGUUUUAUUAAUUAUAAUGUCCCAUUUUCCUGAAUGGCUUGAAUGUUUUGCAAAUUAUAUGACAGACGACACAAAAUUAAUUGUGGAGAAAAAUCCUGUAAAUUUAUGUGAGUACGUAAUAAUUUUAUCAUCGUUUUAAUUUGAUUAUUAUUAUAAUAUUAUUUUG